AGCGCAGCGUUGUUGUUUGAGGGCGCAUUGCGUGCAUUGCGUGUCUGCACGUUCCCUGGCCUCCGUGUGUAAGGCUUCCGCAGCCAGAUGGAGUCGAACCGGUCGACGACAGAUCCCUGUGCGGGCAAUGGCGGGGGUUUCCAGACCCAGGACAUGCGACAGCAAGGAUCUGUCCACUACUCCACGCCUUCGCCGUUGAGUGUGCAAUCCUUCAGCAGGCAGAUGCAGGAGGUUGUGCGUGCGGGGCCGAUUCAAGUGCCUCCUGCUCGUGUGGGCUCACCAUCUGUCCAUCACGUGGAUGCUGCACGUCGGCGGUUCGUUGUUCGACUUUCUGCAGUGGCCGCCGUGCACACGGGCCAGACGUCGUUUUGCACACAGGUUGGAGGCGGGUAUGGCAUGCCUUCUCCGCACAUGUUCCCGGGGGCCGACGGAUAUGGCAUUGCGCYRCACGUGUACCCCGCCCAGCAYACUGUGGAAAGGGGCGGAKUGAUGAGGGAYGAGUGGCAGUGGUCYCCACAGUGCCGACAACYGUCGCAGCCCAUGCAUGGCSGGUUGUCCGCUCCCUCGCCCAUGUCAGUCCCGCGGUCUGCUGCCGAGGCCUCACCUUCGCUGGCAGAAGUUCAACGAGAGGAUAUGGACGAGGGGUGGCCUGUCCAUAGUCGUGCUCCGUCUCCUGCCGGCUUGCAAGGUCCUUCCUUUGGUGGCGAGGAAGAAGACUUCGUUGGCGACGAUGAAGUUGAAGGUGAUGGCGGUGACGUUGAUAGGCGAAACUCGGACAACGUGCAGGAGGAGAGAGACAAUGCUACUGUCGGGCAGAGAGAUGGGGGCGAGAAUGAAAGGAUCGCGCUGUCCAGAAUUAUGGCCGAAGACGACGCCCUUAUGGUCGACGCCGAUGGGCAGCAUCGGUUUAAGCGGAGCAAGGACUGGUAUGAGUGGGUGCACGAUCGGAUGGCGGAGCUGGGGUUUCCGCACAGGUCGGCGGAGGAUUGUCGUAAGAAGUGGCAGGGCAUGAUGGCUGCCGCGAAGUUGAUUCUCGACAAGUGUGAGAAUGCUUCAGGGAAACCUUCCUACUGGGACAUGACCCAUGAGGAGCGGAAGGCGGAGCAGGUUCCACUAGGCUUCGAGAAAGCUCUGUGGGAAGCGAUGGAGUGGAAACUGAAUCGGCCUUCCAUCAAGUGCGACAACACGCUGGUGUCGGAGAACCUGCCAGCUAACGCGGGGGGGAAUUCUUCGAGCGGCGGUCCUGCACAGCCGUCGUCGGGGAGGAGCGCUUCUGACGGGAAAGCAACGGAGGAUUCGGACCACGCAGCGAAGACACGGAGGACAAACACUCGCAAAUCGAGGAUGGACGACACGAUCAGCGGAGGGACAGCAUUGGGUAGGGCGAUGGAGGACGCGACAAGGUGUUACGGCGAGGGUUUGGAUAAGGCCGCUGCCACUCUGGCGAGGGCAACGUCGGAGGCAGGCUCGGCGAUUGCGGCGAAGAUCGGUGACGUGGCAGAUGCCAUGCGUGGCGGGAACACUGUCCUUGAGAUGCUCGUGGGGGUUCUCGCAAGCCGUGGAGGAUAAACCAAUCAAUGCAUCAACCAAACAAUCAAUCAAUCAACCAAUCAACCAAUCAAUCAAUCAAUCAAUCGGUAAGACAGUG